UCUAGAUUCAUACGAAUUAGGGGCUUGUGUGGGUAUUGCCUUGAGGAUUGCGUCCAAAAACGACCUGUCCCUUAGCGAUGGCAACCUUGUUAAUCAAUCGGAGCUCCCUGGGAUGGCCAUGUACUGGAGCACUUUCACCAAAAAGAAAGAUCAGUCUCAGCAGCACCAUGUGAUAUGUCGCGCUUUGUCCGACAGGGCCCAAGUUCGACCAGUACCAGCGCUUUUCGUGCAACAAUGAAGCUGCGUCCAAGCGCAAGGUCCUGCUCUGGGACCAUCUCCACAAUGGCCCGCGCUUUGUGUCCUCUACCCAGCCUUAAAUAACGCCCGCCCAAAGGCGGCCAUGCUCACCUCCGCCCUGAACAUGUCCAUGUCGAAGCCAAUCCCACGCCCGUCCAACGCCUUCAUGCUCUUCCGCUCCCACUUCAGCAAACACUGCGCGCCCCCCAGCGCAGGCCAGCCCCAAAUCAGCGCGCUCGCCGGCCAGGCGUGGCGCAAUCUGGACGCGGCGGACAAGGCCGUGUGGCACGCGCGUGCGGCGGAGACGAAGGCUAAGCACGCGGAGACGUACCCGGGAUACCGCUACGACCCGAGACGACGGAGGUCAUCGAAGGCCAAGAUCUCUCCCCUGAACGGUCCUAGCAUGAGUGCCCCUGUCUCUGCGCCUGCCCAGGAUUCGGUGACCGAGGACAAAGAAUGGGAGGUCUUCUGGGAUGACAUGAAUGCCGCGUUUGAUGAUAUGUUGGAAACCGCUCGAGGUGGCUCAUCUCAGUGUGCCAGGCCCGGUCCUGAGGGUACAGAUCGCGCCCAUUCUGGUCACUAUCCAUCACGUCUGCCUACUGAGAGGCAUCGUCAUGCUCCAUAUUGAAAUAAACGAUAAUCCCAGUGUCAUCACUUCACAUCCCUGAUUCACGGACUUCCCCUGUCAAUAAUGGAAACCUUUGCAAACAAUUGACAUGGUGCAAAGUUGCAAACAAGUGUAGAUGGUAUCAUGAGAGUUGUUGUCC